CUAUAAACCUGGGUUGAGAUAUUGGCGUGCACGAUUCGCUUAUAAUAAGAAAAAACAUAAAAAUUAUACGAGUUUAGCAGCGUCGUCAUCUCCUCCAAAUACUAUCCGCUGUUUGGUAGUCCUAUUUAGAAUCAAUCAACUAAAGAAAAUAUCAAAUCCCCUGUCCCAGUUCAUCCUGCAUUUCGGACGACAAAUAUUCCUCCUUUCCCCAUAAAUUCAGCUCCUCACAUUUUCUCUUCAAACCCAUCAAUCGAGCUUCCCUUUCGGCUGUAUACAUAUAUAUGUAUAUAUGUAAGUGUUCAGAAUCAUUCAUCGUCGUUUUUGGCUGAGUUGAUUGCAGAGUAGAUUGUCGAGAAAUAAAAAAAAAAUGGGAAUCUGCUUGAGCAAUCAGAAGCACGCGAAAUCAAACGCCGCCGGCAACGGAAAUGGGGCGGCCCACCACCACCACCACCAAACCCCAAUCCAGUACACAAUGUCCCCCGGCUUCGCCGCCGGCCAAUUGGCCCCUCCGGCCCGGGCGCCGGUCCACACGAUCCUCGGAAAGCCGUACGAGGACGUCCGGGCGCACUACAAUCUGGGCAAGGAGCUUGGCCGGGGGCAGUUCGGGGUGACGCACCUCUGCACUGAGAUCGUGACCGGGCGGCAGUACGCCUGCAAAUCCAUCUCCAAGAGGAAGCUCGUGACCAAGGGCGACAAGGAGGACAUGAGGAGGGAGAUCCAGAUCAUGCAGCACCUGAGCGGACAGCCCAACAUCGUGGAGUUCAAGGGCGCGUACGAGGACAGGCAAUCGGUCCACCUCGUCAUGGAGCUCUGUGCGGGAGGGGAGCUUUUUGAUCGGAUUAUUGCCAAGGGGCAUUACAGUGAGAAGGCGGCUGCCUCCAUUUGUGGGUCUAUUGUGAGCGUUAUCCAGAUUUGCCAUUUUAUGGGGGUUAUGCACCGAGAUCUCAAGCCUGAGAAUUUCUUGCUGUCAGACAAGAGCGAGGGUGCGCUGCUCAAGGCCACGGAUUUUGGGUUGUCGGUAUUUAUCGAGGAAGGGAAGGUAUACAAGGACUUAGUUGGCAGUGCAUAUUAUGUUGCUCCCGAAGUUUUACAACGUGCAUAUGGGAAAGAAGCUGAUGUUUGGAGUGCUGGAGUCAUGCUAUACAUAUUACUUAGUGGUGUACCUCCUUUUUGGGGGGAAACUGAGCGGGGAAUAUUUGACGCCAUUCUAAAAGGAGAUGUGGAUUUUUCAAGUGAGCCUUGGCCAUCAAUAUCACAGAGUGCCAAGGACCUUGUUGCUAAAAUGCUUACUCAGGACCCAAAGAAACGAAUUACAGCUGCAGCUGUUCUUGAGCAUCCUUGGAUUAAAGGUGAGGAAGCAUCUGAUAAGCCACUCGACGGUGCAGUUCUUUCUAGGAUGAAGCAGUUCAGAGCUAUGAACAAGCUCAAAAAACUUGCACUUAAGGUAAUUGCAGAAAAUCUUUCUGCUGAAGAAAUUCAAGGGCUAAAAGCAAUGUUCACAAAUAUGGACACGGACAAAAAUGGAACCAUUACUUACGAAGAACUUAAAGCUGGUUUGGCUAAUCUUGGAUCGAAGCUUACUGAAGCUGAAGUUAGGCAGCUAAUGGAUGCUGCUGACGUUGACGGGAAUGGGACAAUAGAUUACAUUGAGUUCAUCACGGCUACAAUGCACAGACACAGAUUAGAAAGGGAGGAAAACCUUUACAAAGCAUUCCAUUACUUUGAUAAGGAUAGCAGUGGGUUCAUAACAAGAGAUGAGCUUGAGACGGCAAUGCAAGAACACGGAAUGGGUGACCCAUCAACCAUAAGAGAAAUAAUAUCUGAAGUUGACACCGAUCACGAUGGAAGAAUUAAUUAUGAAGAGUUCUGUACCAUGAUGAGAACUGGAACCCAACAGCAAGGAAAGCUUUUAUAGGCCACGGACAACCUUUUCCUUUACAUUUCUCACACAAUAGCUGUGAUUCAUUUAUUUUUACUUCUCUCACACAAUAUCUGUGNUCACAUUAUACGAACAAGGCUGCAUUCUUUUU